ACACAAACAUUGUAAAUUGAGUAAUUUAGAACCUUACAAUUUGAUCCCUCAUUAACUCUUACGUUAAUGACUAAACAAUUAAUUAGUGAUUCACUUGUGAUUUUCAUUCUUCAUACCUAGUUAGGUAUUCACACUGUGUAUUGGCAGUGGUUUCCAAAUCAACAGUUGGUGCUGUCCACCUGAUUAAAUAUUAGUAAAAUACACUUGUGCCGUGCUCAGUCCCGAAAGAGACAUGUAUAAGUACGUUUUACUUUUGUUUCUUGUUGCGUUCCUCCUAAAACCAGCUGCUCUUGAAGACUCCAGUUCAUCUUCAAGUUCAAGCAGUGAGGAAGACAGUGAAGAGAAUCAUGGAAUAUCGGGAAAAGUACAUUUUAAAAAUUGUGCAAACCAAAAAUGCAGUGGUAAACAAGAAAAAUCAGUAGUGUGCUAUUUCACAAACUGGGCUUGGUAUCGAAGUGGUAUAGCGAAGUUUAGACCAGAAAAUAUAACUGCCUCCCUAUGUACUCACAUCAUAUACGCUUUUGCUUCCCUGGAUGAGACAACUCUGACCAUAGUUCCAUCUGACUCUUGGGCAGAUAUUGACAAUAAAUUCUUUGAAUUGGUAACUGCACUCAAAGAGUAUGGACUGACAGUACUGAUCGGUAUUGGAGGAUGGAACAACUCGGCAGGCAACAGGUGGAGUAGACUUCUCAGUAACUCCACAGCACGAACAGCUUUUGUUGCAUCUGUCAUCACUUUCAUGAAGAAGUACAACUUUGAUGGUCUGGACAUGGAUUAUGAGUAUCCUGGUUGCCCUCAGGGCAAUAGAACAGCGGGUCUCCCGACUGACUCAGAAAACUUCAACUGCCUUAUGUCUGAAUUGAAAACUGCCUUUGAAGAGAAAUAUUUGCUCACAGCUGCUACUGCUGGUGGCAAAAAACUUAUCGAUGAGUGUUAUAACAUGAAAGAACUAUGUCAGAUUGUUGACUGGGUGAACGUGAUGGCAUAUGAUUACCACAGUUCCGCAGAUGGGGAGACAGGAGCCAACGCUCCUACUUGUGGUACCAAUUCUUCUUGGGGUGCGGUCGAAACUAUCAAGUAUUACAUCAAUGAGCUGGAAUGCCCUGCUGACAAGAUUGUGUUGGGGAUACCGUUCUAUGGUCAGACCUUCACAAUGGUUGACACUUCCCCAGCACAGUUUGGCGUACCGGUUUCUGGCCCUGGCACAGCAGGCACUUACACCAGCAAUGCAGGCACUCUCGCAUACUAUGAGAUUUGCCUGCUGAUAAAAAGCGGUUACAACUAUGGCUACAGUCCAAUAAAUGACAGUUAUGCAUGGAGUGGCAAUCAGUUCAUCAGUUAUGAUAGCCCAACGGACAUAAUCAGAAAGUCUUGCCUUAUAAAUAAGUGGUUUAAUCUAAAAGGAGCUAUGUUUUGGACUUUGGACUACGAUGACUUCAGUGAUGCUUGUGGAUGUGGAAGCUACCCCUUGUUGACUACUCUGAACCAAGAGCUGAGAUGUCUAAAUUCCUCAAGAAUCCAAUGUUACUGAUUCUCCAGCAUUAAUUAUAGCAGAGAUUGUUACAACCAAUGAAAUAAAGUGUUUGAAUCAUG